AUGGAAGAUGGAGCUUUCUGUGGAGUUUUUGAUGGACAUGGAAAGAAUGGUCACACAGUGAGCAAGUUGGUGAGGAACAAAUUGCCUUCACUGCUGCUAAACCAAAAGAAUGCUCUCACAAAGAUCAAUAAAGAGAGAGAAGAUGGUGAAACAAUGGUGCCAAAAAAGACCUUUCACAAAUGGAAAGAGGCUUGUAUUAGUGCCUUCAAGGCCAUGGACAAAGAGAUCAAGCUUCUUGAGAGUUUGGACUGCUCUUGCAGUGGAACCACAGCUGUCGUUGUCAUAAGACAGGGUGAAGAUCUUGUCAUAGCUAAUCUUGGUGACUCAAGUGCGGUGUUGGGGACAAUGACUGAGGAUGGAGUAGUCAGGCCUGCUCAAUUGACUACUGAUUUAGAGCCUAGUUUACCCAAACGAAUAAGGAAGAGCAAUGGGCAAGUAUUUGCAGCGAUGGAAGAGCCUGGGAUUGAGAGAGUGUGGUUGCCACAUGAGGACUCCCCAGGCCUUGCCAUGUCUCAAGCUUUCAGAGACUUCCUACUCAAAAACCAUGGCCUCGUUGCCAUCCCUGAUCUGUCCUAUCGCCAUCUCACUCCUAAUGAUCAGUUUCUUGUCCUUGCUUCUGCUGGGGUGUGGGAUGUGCUGAGAAGCAAGGAAGUGGCAUAUAUUGUAUCAUCAGCAGAUAGUGAGGAGGCAGAAGCAAGAGCAGUGGUAAACGCCGCUAUUUAUGCUUGGAAACAUAUGUUUCCUUCCUCAAAGAUAGAUGACUGCACUGUGCUCUGCCUCUUUUUGCACAAGAGGCAACAACCACCACCACCACCUUUGCAUUUGAUGGCUUAA